AUGGCGGGCACCCUGCCCCUGCACCCAGACAGAGAGCUGGCCACCGGGCUUCGCAAUGUGGUCGUGAUGCUGCCCACACGGGAGCCGCUGCGGCUGCUCCUAGGGCACUGCCGCCCCCAUUGCCCACAUUGCCCACCCGGCCUGGGGUGCCUGAAGGUGCUGGUGAACACAGAGCUUGGACUUGCUGAGCACCUGCACAGCCUCCCCAGUGACGGAUCCCAGACCGCAGACAAUGAGUAUAUAUUUAUGGACUUGGAUCAGAAGCUCAGCAAGUACUUCUCAAGGGACUGGAGGAAAGUAACACAUAAUGGAGGUGAGAAAUCUCAUGCCCCUUUCGUGGCCUUCCUCAGAGUACAGUACUACGUGGAAAAUGGAAGGAUUAUAAGUGACAGGACAGCCCGGCACCUGUACUAUUGCCACCUGAAGGAGCAGGUGCUGCGGUCUGAGUGUGUUCACCAGGAGGAGGUCUACUUCCUGCUGGCCGCCCUGGGGCUGCAGGCUGACCUGGGCAACCACCGUGAGGCAGCCCACGUGGGCCGGUACUUUGAGCCAUACGCCUACUUUCCACAGUGGAUCCUGGCCAAGUGGGGCAGUGCCUAUGUGCUGCGGCACGCACCAGCCAUGCACCGGGAACAGCGGGGCCUGAACCCCCGGGAGGCCGUGCUUCGCUUCAUCAAGGAGGCCUGCCGCCUGGAUGACGUGCCUGUCCACUUCUUCCGGCUGCACAAGGACAAGAAGGAGGACCCACCCACAAUUGUCCUGGGGCUGACCCUCAAGGGGGUGCACAUCUACCAGGAGGUGACCCACAGCCGACAGCUGCUCCACGACCUCCCCUGGUCCCACAUUGGCAAGCUGGCAUUCCUGGGCAAGAGGUUCGAGAUCCAGCCGGACGGGCUGCCCUCGGCCCGGAAGCUGACCUACUACACCGGCUGCCCCCGGCGCUCACGGCACCUGCUGCGCCUGCUCAGGACCAGCCACCAGCUGCACCUCAGCGUCCGGCCGCGGCUGUGGCAGCUCCAGCAGCUGGAGGCGGCGGAAGAGAGGAAGCACUACUGUGAGUCGUACGUCAGUGACACCCUGGAGCGGCACAUGGCUGGCCGGCACUCCCAGGACAGCGGCGGCAGCAGCGUGCACUCUGCCGACAGCAGCCACAGCUCCCGAUGUACACCAGGGGAGAUGUCUGUGGACGAGCCCUUCGGGGACACAGAGGGUUCCAGCAGCCAUGCCAGCUCCAGGCUGGAUGGCGGCGGCCAAGGCCAGGCCAAGGGGGCUGCCCAGGACCAAGAGGAUGGCUCUCGCCAGGAGUCCUUGGGGGUGGUGCAGGUCACGCUGAUCAAGAUGCCCGGCCAGUGCUCCGAGGCCCUGCACCAGCCCCCGCCCCCAUCCUGGGCUGAGCGUCAGGCAGCUGGGGGCUCCAGGAGCAGAGGCCGCAGAGGCCCCCUGCUGAUGGACACAGGAUCGGAGCUGUGGGUCCCAGGGGCUGGUGCCUGGGACCUUAUGGACCAGCACAGCUGCAGCCUGGACGACAGGUCCCAGCCGGCCUCGCCCACCCCACACAGCUAUACCUUCGGCUGUGCCUGGGGACACCCCACAGCUGGUGGCACCGCCAGGUCUCUGCUCCAUGCUGUGCUGCAGCCAGGCGGCUGGAGGAUAGAGGCAAGCAGCCGGGAGGCCGUGCUCAGCUGGCGCCUCCUGGACUCCGGGGGCCUUCAGGGUCAGCCUGCAGCAUGUGGGGCUCAGGAGGAAGUGAAGGCCGAGCUCAAACAAGCCCAUCCAAUGAGAGCCAGGACCUCCUCCCAGGACAGGAAGGAGGCUGACAGAGCCCUGGCUGCUUCCAUAAACCUACAGGGCACGCAGGUUACCUAUUGCCUGGGCCCCACGACCAUCAUCGAAAGGCAACAGGGCACAGACCCGGCGGUGAACCCUCACGUUGACCUCAGCUCCUGUGCUGACAAAGAGCAGGCCGAGCUGUUGGCCAUUGUGUCCCGGGAGGCCCCCGGGGCGGGCCUUUUAUGCCUCGUGGGCUGGUUCAUUCAGGCUCUUCAGGAGGGCUUCCUGGAGUCGGGGCUGUCGCUCAUUGUCCUCCCGGGCCCCCCAAAGCUCAUCGCAGAGCCUCCGGAAGGCAGGCGAGUGGCAGGCCAGCUGCUGGCUACCGGACGGCCUCCGCUCUCCACAGCUGCAGGGGAGCGUGGCCCGCUGGCCCGUGUGCCCGCUCCCGGGGCCUCUGGUGGUGGGAUCCUCACGGGACCCCACGGCUGCCUGUCUGUGCUGGACGCAGCUCUGGGCAGGGAGGCCCUGUCUCUGUCUUCACACCACCCCCAACAGUCAGCCAGCCUGGGCAGUGGGAACCCCCGCUGGCUCGGCCGUGUCCCCCCGUGGCUCCAGCCUGCCAGCCCCGGCCACUCGCAGGACGGUGGCAGCCCUGCUCACCUGCUCCUGCCUCCUGGCACUCCCACAGGGGGCGCUGGACACCAUAACCAGACGCUGCCAACUCCCUCGAAGCCCUCCACCAGCCCCACCAUCUGGACUGAAACUGCAGCUACUGUCAACACUCAGGUGUUCUGCAAGCCGGGGGCAGCCCAACUGGUAGCAGCGUUGUGCAGUGCUUCCUCCCUGAAGCGACUUCAAGGCUGCGCUGUGUGCACACGGGUGUGCAGUGACAGCCCCGGCGACUGCCGCCUCCGGAAACUAUUUGAGUUUUCCUUCUUGGACAGGGUUCCACCUUACAUGGGUCCCAGCUUGGGUACCUUUUACCGCAUCAGAAAGCAGGAUUGCAGAGUAGCAGCUAGAGCUGACGACGAAGGCAGGAGUAGCUGUGUGCAAGCUUUGCGGACCCACUUUGACAGGCACAGGGGCCACGUUUCCCCGGAGAAGAAUCACGGUGGGGUUCGAACAUACACGUUGAUGAUGGCAGAGGAAGCUGCGGCCUCCGGCUGGACGCCGUACCUGGACGGUGUGGGGAAGCCGGACCACGGCCAAGUCAGCAGCGGCUGCACGCUUGGAGUGACGUGGACACAGGCCAAGGACACCAAGGACCCCAGCCCUCCCCAGGAGCUGGCAGAGGGAACAGGCAGCGCCCUCGGCAUCUUGGGAGGAAGCAGCCCUGGCUACGCUUGGGUGUGGGCCUGGCCCCCAGGACGUGGACGAGCUGAGGAUCCAUCCCCGCUGCCCGUGGUCCUGGGAGACCGGGAGAAGCUUGCUUCCCCUGAGCGCCAGGGCCAGUGA